GAUGGCUAGUUUGUUGUGGAAGAAGGUGAUGGCGCUUAAUGCCGGGAGCCGGGGGAUUGUUUGUUCCUGUGUGAAGCAAGAGUACACGUUGUUCAGAUCCCUUCUGGGGGAAGCUGCCGUGGUUCUGGAGGAUCGUUCUGGGGGUGUGUGUGUGUGUGUUUGUGUAUGUGAGUCUGUGUAAAUUGCUUCCAGGCAUUUUAAUCCGCCCAAAUUCAGCUGGUUCAGGAGUGUCCCGGUUAGGGGUUUAGGCCCAGAAGGGUCAGCCUGGUUAACAAGAUGAGGGAUGAAUGCCCUAAGCACAGUGGGAGGCUAUAACUUGCGGCCCCUCCGGGGAAACGACGAUGCUGGGUGGUGUCGCUACAAGCAGACGCCAAGAAGACACUCAUCAGUCACAGCCAGAAGGUAGACACGCCCCCUUAAAGACGGUGAUUCCCUCCUGAGGAGCAGGACCACUUGUACGAGAAAAGGCCUCCUCCACGGUAACAGGGCUUGUUGGCUCCAGGGGCCCGCGACCUUUUCUCCUCAGCAGCGGAAGUCCUCCAACGUCAGUUUCAGGAGAAUAUGAAAGUGUUACCCAGGCUUGUUUGUUUCAUAGCUCUGCUGAUUUCUUCUCUGGAGGCCGAUAAAUGUGAGGAACGUGAAGAACCAAUAGUUUUAGUUUCAUCUGCAUAUGAAAUUGACGUUCGGUCAUGUCCUCUUAACCCAAAUGAAAGCAAUGGCACUAUAAUUUGGUAUAAAAAUGACAGCGAGACACCUGUGUCUAUGGAACGAGACUCUAGGAUUCAUCAGUACAAAGAUAAACUUUGGUUUGUUCCUGCUAAAAUAGAGGAUUCAGGACAUUACUAUUGUGCAGUAAGAAAUUCAACUUACUGCCUCAAAGUUAAAAUAACUGCAAGGUUUGUACAGCAUGAGCCUGACUUGUGUUACAAUGCACAAGCUAUAUUUACACAGAAACUACCCCUUGGAGAAGAUGGACUUCUAGUGUGUCCUUAUUUGGAAGUUUUUAGAGAUGAAAACAAUGAGUUACCCGAAAUACAGUGGUAUAAGGAUUGCCAACCUCUACUUCUCGACAAUAUAAACUUUAUUGGAAAAACAGAUAAACUCAUUGUGGCGAAUGUGACAGAAGCGCAUAAAGGGCACUAUACUUGUCAUAUAUCCUACACACACUUGGGAAAACAAUAUCCUAUUACCCGGGUUAUAGGACUUAUUACUCUAGAUGAAAUCAGGCCCACGAAGCCUCUGAUCGUGAGUCCAGUUAAUGAGACGAUGGAAGUGGACUUGGGAUCGCAGGUACAACUGAUCUGCAAUGUCACUGGCAUGUUUACUGACUUUGUGUACUGGAGGUGGAAUGGCUCAUUAAUUGAUGACAGUGACCCAGUGCUGGUGGAAGAGUAUAAACCAGUGGAAAACCCUUCCCUCAAAAGAAGGCAUACACUUAUCACAGUGCUUAAUAUUUCGGCAGUGGAAAGUAGAUUUUACCUAUAUCCAUUUACCUGUUUAGCCAAGAAUUCAUAUGGUAGAAGUGCAGCAUAUGUCCAAUUAAGACAACCAGUCCCUGAUUUCCAGAAGCACGUGAUUGGCAUAUUUGUCCUGUUAACAGUAGCAAUUACAUGCUCUGUUUUCAUCUAUAAGCUCUUCAAGGUUGACCUGGUGCUUUGGUACAGGGAUUCUUGCUAUGAUUUUCGCCCCCCAAAAGCUUCAGAUGGAAAGACCUAUGAUGCAUACAUACUGUAUCCAAAGACCCUUGGGGAAGGGUCCACCUCUAACUCAGAUAUUUUUGUGUUUAAAGUCUUGCCUGAGGUCUUGGAAAAACAGUGUGGCUACAAGCUGUUCAUUUAUGGAAGAGAUGACUAUGUUGGGGAAGACAUUGUUGAGGUCACUAAUGAAAACAUAAAGAAAAGCAGAAGACUGAUUAUCAUUUUGGUCCGAGAAACCUCAGGAUUGAGCUGGCUGGGGAGCUCCUCUGAGGAGCAAAUAGCAAUGUACAAUGCUCUCGUUCAGGAUGGAAUUAAAAUUAUCCUGCUUGAGCUGGAGAAGAUCCAAGACUAUGAGAAAAUGCCGGAGUCCAUUAAGUUCAUUAAGCGGAAACAUGGGGCCCUACGCUGGUCCGGCGACUCUAGGAAGGGACCACAGUCUGCAAAGACGAGAUUCUGGAAGAAUGUCAGGUACCGCAUGCCGGUUCAGCGGCAGCUGCCUUCAUCCAAGUGCCAGUUACUAUCCCCGGCCACUAGGCCAGACUCAAAGGAGAAACUGCAAGGGGAGGUCCACGUGCCGCUCGGGUAGCUGGGAGCCGCGCAGCCAAGAGUUGCUUGGGUGCCUCCUGUCUUAGGGCCUUGCAGGCUGGGCUGUGCCUCCACUGACUGGACAGUCAUAAGAUGCACCUGCAUAGUCCCUUAUCCCCAAGGUCACCUGGAAUCAGAUUGUUAAGGGAGCAGGAUGUGACAAUAGCAGGCCAGGGCACUUCAGAGCAGAGGGCUCGGGAAGUCCUUUAAAAAGGCAACAAAUGCCCUGUCUGAAGGUUUGAACUUGCUGAGAGAAGACACUGGGACAACAAACGAGAGGAAAGAACGUGCAGGAGAUAGUUCCAUCUCCAGACGGUUUUAUGAAGUUGUCUGCAAUCGGAGGGUGGGGCUGAGACCCAGUCUGGGGACGGCAGGGUGAGUGGCCCUCCAGUGGCUCUCAUGGGCAGUUCUGCUGGUGAGUGAGACUCAUGUUUCAGGAAAGCACAAAUAUUCUUGGAGAACUUUCCGUUUGCCUUGCAUUUUCCAUGCACGUCAACAGCUAGCAGUCAGUUUCCAAAGACUGAAUUCCAUUUUCACAGACCUUUCAAACUGUCACUUCAGUGAACAAAGGGAGCCUCUAGGAUUCCAAGGUUUUGAAAUAACCUUAGCUUUCCACUGGAGAGAGAGAAUUUCAAAAGCACGAGUAGCAGAGAAUUGGUCCCCUCUUAGUGCUCUCUGCCCCCAGUGGCCAUUCUGUUCUACCUUACUCUUCUGCCCUUUUCUUGACUCGUUACUUCUUUGGAAGGACAACUUCCAAGUCACUUCCUGCCUCUGUUCUGUCACACGCAUGGCCCACAGAUUUAUCAUCCCUCAUCAAACGCUGUUCUCAUCUUCCCCCAGUCUUGCCAAAACACCUCCGAGGGGCUGCUCCUGGCUCAGGAGCUAAAGCCCAGAUCUCCCACUAGCAUUUCACCACCACCCCAAACCCCCAAUCUGUCCACACAGCUGUCCCCUCCUGUCCUGCUGUGUGAAUGCCCAGGUCAGCCUCCUGUGCCUUCGCACCCUAAGGGUAAAUAUUUCUUAGAAUUUAAAAAUUCUAAAUCUAAAAUUAUAUUUUAAAUGAAAGCAAAUUGGGUUUUUAGGUAUAGAAAAUUAUUUUUAAAGCUUGGUGAUAGUCCUCAGAAUAAUUAGAGAAAUCCUGGAAAACCUCAAAGCCAAGUUUAUGGGCCACUUACUGAAGGACAUGCCCAGUUUUAAAAGUUGUGUGAACAUGGACAGACCUUCUGGUUUUUGUAUUUUUAGUAUAUAGUAUUAUGGAUGAACAAAAGCUUUUAUUUGGUAUAUUUUUUCCCCCCAAAGUAGUCAGAACUAGACAACAGAGUUUAAUACUUUGACUCUUCUCUUUCCAUCUGUUUCUCUUGGAUCCAGUCGGAUGGCCCUGGUUAACACUGCUAUUCUGGAGCUGCUGAUAUAAAGGAAAGUGCCUUAUUUUCGUUUGGCAGCACACACAGACUGCAGCCAGAGUCUGCAGGGUUGGGAUGCAGGGCUGUCAUGUCCCAGAAAGCCUAUGAGAUGCUUUAAACGUAAUGUUGCUGAUCAGUUUUAGCCUGUCAUCUAUAAAAUAUAUUUGCAUGUGUAAUACCCCAAAAGCCAAUUCUGAAACAGAAUUAACGGCACAAUUGGCCAGGAAGUGAGGAGGGGGGAAAACAAGCAAGAAUUACCAGUGGCAGUGCUCCUGGAAUUUGGGGAGGGACAGGGAUCCAGGGAUGUGCCUGGUGGAGGAGGCGCCCAGCAGGAAAGUGCGAUGUCACGGUGUCACGGUGUGACUGCUGUGCCCACGGGAGGAUUCCGGAGGAAGGAGCCGCAUUCCUAGUUCCCUGGGAACUUCCUUUGUUUUAUUGUUUUCCCCGAAGCCUCUCUUAAGCUCUUCCUUUCAGGCCCUCCCCAUUAAUUAAAUUUUACUGCAUUAUCUGAUGGUAAUUUUUUUUUUGGUCAGCCUAAGUGUUUAGGAAAAGUUUGUAAAUGUACCAAGGUGUUUCAUUUCCAGUUGUCUAACCUGGCUUAGCAGAAUGUAUAUGUUCAUUCUCCUGCCUCUUUAUUUUACUUGCAAUAAGAGAAAAGGUAUUGAGCCAUUUUUUAAAGACAUUUUUGAUAAAUUAUAUUUGUACUGGUUAAUGAUGAAGGGUUUUUAAAGACUUGUUUGUAUAAUUCUGCAGCAGAUACAAAUAUUUUUAUAUAGUAAAACACCAGAUUCAUGUACAGCAUGUAUCAUUGAUCAAUGGACUUGACUUGUUUUCCAAUAAAAUUGUGAAAACCUGGUGUUGAG